ACAACACGACAGACAACGCAAAGAACUUCAUAUAAAUAGCAACGAAGCAUAUUUCUUUCAAGUAUUGUUUGUUCAAAAUGAAUAGGCAAGCAUUUGAGUUGAUGUGUUUUUUUUUAACGAUCUUAACAUGUUUUUUGCUGUUCAAUGUUACUUACGCGAUGACAAGACAACAGCUGAAAAAUUCAGGAAAAAUGAUGAAAAAAUCCUGCAUCCCAAAAAAUGACGUAACUGAAGAGAUGGUCGGUUCAAUAGAGCAGGGAAAAUUUAUAGAAGAAAGAAAUGUUAUGUGCUACAUCGCAUGUGUCUACACUAUGACUCAAGUAAUAAAAAAUAAUAAACUAAGCCAUGAAGCUGUACUCAAGCAGGUAGACAUGAUGUUCCCGGCUGACAUGCGGGUCGCUGUCAAGGCUAUGGCUGAAAAAUGCAAGGACGUUUCAAAGAAAUACAAAGACAUAUGUGAAGCCUCAUAUUGGACUGCAAAAUGCAUGUACGACGCUGACCCGGCGAACUUUGUUUUUCCUUAAAUAGCUUAAGAAAUCAUGUUGUGAUAUAUUAUAGUUGUGAUACAUAAUAUACAAUAUAAGCAUUGCCUUUGAAA